AGUUGCCAAAGAUCACUGAUUCAGAUAUUACAUUAACCAAAAGAACUUCUAGAGGGAGGAGGCCACACCAAAAGAACUUCUGGAGCCAGCAACCGCUGAUUUGCAGAGGGCUCACCCGCCGGGGCCAGCGACCAAGGUUGCUAACUUCAUAACUUCUCGUAAACAAAGAUUCAUUUGCAAAAUGCCUUGUCCCAGCCAACAGUCUGCUAAAGGAAAAGAAGUGGUAAAUGAACAUAACAACACAAAGAGCGCUCCAACAGGCUUGGUAAUACAUGAGCCAUCCAACUCAAGAACCUUGAGUGGAACAUCCUCAGAUGAUGAAGAUGUUCUAAACGAGUUAGCUGCAAGUUUUCCUACUCACAGUAUCCUCACAUCGAUCAAAGGCUUUGAACAAGGAGAGAGCUCGAAGGGUAUUGAACAAGAAUGGACAAGAUGAGGUCACUGAAGCGUAAGAGAGUUGAAGCGCCACGCAUCCCAACACUUGAGGAUGUGCAUCCUUACAGUAGGUGGAAUUUGUGUGUCCGAGUGUACCACAAGUUCCAUGUGGAGAGGUUGGCUUCUGGUAGAAAGCGGCUUAACAUGGUGUUAUUGGAUGAUAAGGGUAAGAAAAUGGCCGCUGUAGUAUAUGAUGACGACGUCGAUCGGUUUGAUCCUUUGCUCGUAGAGGGGCGGGUAUAUUAUGUGUGGAAGAUGCUUGCAGAACCAAUUAUGAGGAAUCAGGAUUAUUUGUUUGCAGAUAGUCAAUUUGUGUGCCAUUUCAGCUCAGUGACAACAAUUAAUGAGUUGAGAAAUGUGAAUGAGCGCUUGAUCCCAUUGUUCCCUGCGUUUAUUCCUUUUGACAGAGUUUGGGAGUUCACCCUAGAUAAUGAUACAUAUGUUGAUGUUAUUGGCAUGGUUUUAUUUGUAAGUUCUAUGGGAUAUAAAGACGGUUUCUACAAUCGGAGGAUCCCAGUGAGAAAUAUUGUUCUGCUAGAUGACACCUAUAAUAUUGUCAAGUUAGUUGUAUGGGACAAGUUGGUGACUAAUAAUCUAAGUGCAUGGGAAAAACUCGCCGAGGAGCGUGCUAUUGUUGUGGCAACAAUGUUACGUGCAGAGCGCAUCGAUCGUGGCCUGCAUCCUACAGACUUUAGUAGGAUGCACUUUAACCCGAACAUCACAGCAGCGCGUGAAUUAAGGCAGAGGAUCAAUAAUGAUCUUGCUGGACAAUCACCUCCAUGAAUCAAAAGAAGAUGAAGAAUGGAGUCGUGAAGCAAAAGUGAAGUCUUAGAAUAAUAGGAUAAUGUGUUACUUAAGCUAGGUUGAGCUACUUUUGAACCGUGUUGCUUCACUUUGCUUAAUUUUGGGUGUACGGUGCCGUGGACAAUGAUGGAAAGUGCUUUUGUGAUCCUUGUUGUAACUGAAACUGAGUUUCACUUUUGAAGUCAAAUCUUAAGGUAGUGUAAUGCCAAGAC